CCUUUCGGCAAUCUCUGUAAAAAAACCAACCGGCCCAUCGAUGACAACACGAAGCUUCCCCACCACGUCUUUAUCUCUCCUCAGAAUUAGAGUCUCUGCAAACCUGCAAUCACUGAGAUCAAAUCUCACCUAAGCCAAGACCUAGUCUAAAGUAUGGGUUCGUCGAUGAUAUCAUCUUCUCCCUCUCUUUUUCUCUCUCUAUCUGUCUAUUGUGAUAUAUCUGGAUUUUCCUUUUGAGGGACUAGUGGUUUCUGUUGCCUCUGGUUUGGUUUGUUUGGUUUGUUUGGUUUAGGAACGAUGACAAAUAUGGGAUUUUUAUUUUGUGGUUUCAUGAGAAAGGGAACAAGUGCUUUCUUCUCUGAAUUCUCGAACAGUGUAGAAGAGAUUAGGGAAAGCUACUGAGAUGGGGAACGGUAAGCACAGGUGGAAGAUUUUCCUGUAUCGGGCAUCGCCGACUGCGUUAAAAUCAGAAUGGAAAGAGCCACCCAAGGAAUUCGUCUGUCCGAUUUCUGGGUCUUUAAUGGCGGAUCCUGUGAUUGUUGCCUCUGGUCAUACUCUCGAGAGAAUCUGCGUUGAAGUUUGUAAAGAUUUGGGGUUUACUCUAGUACUUCCCGAUGGCUCGAAACCUGAUUUCUCUACUGUAAUCCCUAAUAUUGCUAUUAAAUCGACUAUUCUCAACUGGUGCCGUGCUAAUGGCGUCGAACGGCCAACUACCCCAGAGCUCAGCUCUGCGGAGAAGCUCGCUCGUGCACAUAUACCGCCUGAGAAAUCAACCCUCAAAUGGAAGAAGGAGGAAGAAGAAGAAACAGAGAAGGAAAAUCUAUCGGCCUCGGAGGAUUUGCUUAAAGGAGUGGCGGAGAAGGCUCCCGUCGAAUUGUCUUAUGCAGCGACAGAGUUAGAUCGCCGGCCGACUCAUUUCUACACGAGCUCCGAGGAAUCGGUAAUUAUGGGAACUCCCGGCACAACUUUGCCCUUCGCAACGCGGCCCUCUUGUUAUUCAUCUUCUUCGUCGUCCGGCAACGUUACAGACGAGAGCCUAAACCCAAUGUCCCCGGAAGAGGAGGAGAUCGUCGUCAAGCUCAAGAGCUUACAAGUGUUUGAGCAAGAGGAAUCAGUGAUCUCACUGAGAAAAAUCACCAGAACGAACGCAGAUAUGAGGGUUCCACUAUGUACUCCACGAUUGCUUUCAGUGCUAAAAUCUCUCCUGAACUCACGCUACUCCGUCAUCCAGAUAAACGCGGUGGCAUCUUUGGUGAAUCUCUCGUUGGAAAAGAUCAACAAGGUAAAGAUCGUUCGCGCGGGGAUUGUUCCACCAUUGAUCGAUGUGUUGAAGGGAGGGGUCUCUGAGGCGCAGGAACACGCUGCGGGUGCCCUCUUCAGCCUCGCUCUUGACGAUGACAACAAGAUGGCUAUAGGUGUAUUAGGCGCGUUACCGCCGCUGCUCCAUUUGCUCCGGUCGGAGAGCGAGAGGGCUCGUCACGACUCGGCGCUCGCUCUGUACCAUCUCUCGCUUGUUCAGAGCAACCGCUCCAAACUCGUGAAGCUGGGUUCUGUGCCAACGCUACUAGCCAUGGCAAAGGGAGGGGACCUCGCGAGUAGGGCUCUGCUCAUACUCUGCAACUUAGCGGCAUGUGCAGAGGGACGCUCCGCAUUGCUGGAUGCGAACGCGGUGGAAUGCUUCGUGGGGAUAUUGAGGGGAAACGAGUUGAACUCAGUAACUACUCGGGAGAACUGCGUAGGGGCGUUGUACGCGUUGAGUCAAGGGAGUUGGAGGUUUAAAGUGCUGGCGAAGGAGGCGGGAGCGGUGGAGGUGUUGAGAGAGGUGGAAGAGAGAGGAAGCGAACGAGCCAGGGAGAAGGCUAAGAGGAUAUUACAGAUGAUGAGAGGUACUGGGAGAGACCAAGAAGAUGAGGAAGAAGAGGUAGACUGGGAGGGUUUGUUGGACUCGGGGACAUUGAAUCGGACUCGUCACCGAUUCGCUUCUGGUAAGAAUGCAUCGGUUGCCAACUCGACUUAGUUUCACUUUGUAAUUAUUGGGGUUUUCUUUUGCUCUUCCCCACUUCUGCCAUUUUCACCUUCAGAUUCUCCCUCUUUUUGUUCAAGGGAUGUAAAUUUAUCUAUGUAACAGUGGAAGGAGAUGAUUAUAAAGAUCACAGGACAAAUCUGAUCCAUCCAUUUUUAUGUUUUUUUUCAA